AAAUCACAGCCAGCUGCUGAAUCAAUAAUCCGGAUGAAUCCCCGCUGUAUGGAAGAUCCUGCCUCGGCCGCUCAUAACUUAUCGAUAUGCUACAGACUUGGGGCACUGGCACAAGGUCAAGGUCGUGUAACAAAAUGGCGGCCGUCUGUUUACAGAUAAGAUGCUGAGCACCGGGCUUUCGAAGAUGAAGUGUACAGUUGUGCUCCUGGCUUUGGCGCUAAUAAUUCACGGAAGCGACGGCCGGCGUGUAGGGACAGAACAGCGUCUGUAUGGCGAUCUGUUCCAGUCGUACAACCCUGAAUCCAGGCCCGUGGAGAACGCCAGUAAACCAGUCAUCGUCAGCUUCGGCAUCGCUCUCAAUCAGCUCCUUGAUCUGGAUGAGAAGAACCAAGUUCUGACCACGGCCGUUUGGGUUCACGAGGAAUGGACUGACGAGAACCUGAGAUGGGACCCCGAGGACUACGAUGGACUAGACACACUAAUGAUUCCCUCUACCAACGUGUGGGUGCCUGACAUGUUUCUCUUCAACAAGGCUGGUGACAACGCUGAUGGCUUUGUGAACGUGACCGGCAGCAAGGUGAAGAUUGGAAACGAUGGUUUGGUCAAGUGGAUGGUGCCUAUUAUGGUCAAGAGUUCCUGCGUAGUCGAUGUCACCUACUUCCCCUACGACGAUCAGAAAUGUCACCUCCGGUUCGGUUCGUGGAUCUAUGAUGUUACCCAAGUUGACAUGCGUCUCAACGCAGACAGACCAGACCUGAGUCAUUACGUCCAGAACAGCGAAUAUGACCUGACAGCUGUUAGUGUGAGCCGGAGCCUUGUGGACAGUAACUGUUGUCCUGGAGAUGGCUCACACGCCAUGGUUGACUGUCACAUCAGUGUCAAGCGAAAGUCCCUGUAUUACGAUUAUAUUGUAAUUGCGCCGACCAUAAUGCUUUGCAUCCUGACAUUGGUCAGUUUUCUACUUCCGUGUCACAAGGGAGAGAAGAUCAAUAUUGGGUUGACAGUAUUUCUCACUUUGUACGUGCUGCAGUUGCUGAUUGCUGAGAACGUUCCUGACACCAACUCCACGCCAGUGCUAGGUAUCUUCCUGUUCAUGGUCAUGACCUUCAACUGCGUGUCCCUCAUCAUGGCCACACUAGUGAUGAACAUCAAGAAGCGAGGGGAGGAUAAACAGUCCCCCGCCAUUCCAAAAUGGCUGUUUUGGCUGUGUCGCGUCGUCCUUAGCAAAAUAGUUCUCACCAAGUAUGCUUGGGAACAGCCUGCCUCUUGCGAUCAGUUCGAAUUCCAGCCUGACCCUUCAAGUAAGAUUGAAGUCACUUUAAAUGGAGGCCAACCUUCCGAAAACAUCCUUCAGCCAGCAGAUGAAACUGAUCAGUCACCGGACGAGGCUACCUGUACGACAGAGUUGCUUCCCAGCAGGCCAACAAACGAACUAUUGUUCCCGAGAUCCCGCAGUGACCGGAAGAUCUGUACCGAUGGCCACAUCGAGGCAAUGAACAGAGGCGCAAUAGGUGAAGUUGGGCGUACCCGGAAGCCGGAUGGUCGAUUUAGUGUCACAAGCGUUCAGUACCAUUCGAUUCAGAUUAAGAGGCAAUGGUUUUUUGUGGCUGAGGUUGUUGAUAAGUUUCUGUUUCUUAUUUAUCUCAUCUCGAUGACAAUAUCAAUUGGUAUGAUUCUGGUGAUAAUUCCGAGUUAUAAACUGUACUCUUAAAGUCAUACCACCCCAACAUCAGCUCAGAUGUCGGACCGCCACGAACACACAUGUUCUGAUGCGCACUCCUUAAUCUACAGACAAAGACACAAACACGAGGUCCAAUACACACGCACGCACAUAAUCUGUUCUUCCUCCAACAACAGUAUUGAGAGCAAACCCCUCAAUAGAGAGGGCUUGAAAUUGUAUAUCGUGAUCGUGUCGACAAACUCAUUUUCCCUCGUAUUUGGAGAUUCAAAAUUUUGUACGAUGUCCUGUAAAAAUAUGUUGUGAAACGAAUAAAGAAGGGAAUUUCAUCUCCUAAUUUCAGGCAAAAAUAUAUACAAUGGCCGAAAAAAUAUUCUGUCUCUAAAUACGAACCCAGACACUUCCACCCGGAGUAGUAAAUGGUUACUUAGUCAGUUGUUAGUAGAGGGGUGACUGCCACGACAGGUAAAGGGGAAAAAGGAAGAGUCGUUUAAUACAGUUUUUCCCUUGAUGUUUUGAUAUGUGAUUUGUUGAAAUGUUGCUUUUGUGAGCUUUGCAUAGACGAGUAUUGUAUAAUCGGAUAUAUCGGACGUAGCUAUUCUUUGCACCGACCAAAGACGAUUCCAAACAUAGAGAGCUAAACACGUUUUAUCUUGAAAGAUGGAGGACCACAGUAUUAUCCCAGAGAAAGAGGGCAAUAUUCUUGUUAGCUUGAAAGACGAAGGACCACGUUUGUGUUAUCCUAGAUCUGGAGGACAAUACUCUUGUUAACUUGAAAGACGGAGGACCACGCUUUUGUUAUCCUACAUCUGGAGGACAAUACUCUUGUUAGCUUGAAAGACGAAGGACCACGUUUGUGUUUUCCUAGAUCUGGAGGACAAUACUCUUGUUAACUUGAAAGACGGAGGACCACGCUUGUAUUAACCCGAAUGUGGAUGGCAAUCCUGUUGUAAGAAUGUAUCCAGGAAUAUUUCAUGGAUCAAUUUUGAAACAAAGACCAUUGCAUGACCACCGGGGUAAUGUGUUAUAACAUAUUGUAUUCAGAAGUAAAAAAGUUAGGUAUCAUGAAUACUUUGGGGGAUAUAUUUGAAAUUAUGUUCUCAGUUUUCACUUUCAAAACAUACCCCCAACCUUCAUAAACCCAAACUUGUUGUGUUCAGUAUUAUCUACGCAUCUCGUUUACUGUACUAUAUUUGUAAAUAUCAUUGCGCUAUGUUAUGUGAUAGUACAAUGCCCGACUGCAGCAGGUGGUUACUUGUGUUGUACCGAAUAAAGUUAAGAACUGAA